GUCCAUCUCUCGUCGUCAGUCUUUCAGUCGCGACGCCUCACUCUAUCCGUUCCGCUUCGACGCGCCGCGCCGCGACGCCCAAGUCAAACUUAAAGUUCGCCGGUUUCCGAAAUCGAUCGCCUAAAUCGCACCAGGAUUACUUCGCUCCGUCCACGUGUUUUAUAUUCCCCCAUUUUUAAGCUUUCCCUAUACUCUCAGUGCGGGUUAUUUGCAUACAGAUCCAACGUGACUUUUAGUUCGCACGGUAAUUUUGAUAGUGCGCUAUUUUGAUACGCUUCGAAAGGUUUUUAGUGCGAGGCAUCACUAAGGGAUAUCUAGCGUCCGAAUUCAAGUAGAACAACCCAGAAGGCCACAAUGACGAUACCAAACACCCCCGGCGAUCUAGAGGAGAUGAAGGACCCAGAAACGGAGGACGAAAAGGACAAAAGGGACGAUGAGGACCACACGGAGGAUCGCGGCGGGGGCGAGGGCGGCGAGGCGGGUCACGGGGGUCAGACGGUGACGACGUACAUGGUGGUGCCCCCCGACGGUGGCUGGGGUUGGGUCAUCGUCGCUUCCUCCUUUUGCUGUAACAUCGUCGUCGACGGAAUCAUCUUCACUUUCGGAACUUUCCUCAAGGAUCUCGCCGUGUCUUUCAACGCCUCCGAAGCCCAGGUGUCCCUCGUUGGCUCCCUCUUGUCCGGAUUCUACUUGAUUACAGGACCUUUCGUCAGUGCACUUGCAAACCGUUAUGGAUUCCGGUGUGUCACAAUACUCGGCAGUAUUCUGGGAUGUAUUAGCUUCAUACUCGCAAGUUUCUCAACGAGUUUAUGGAGUCUUUGCUUCUUCUAUGGAAUACUUGGAGGUGUUGGCUUCGGGCUGAUUUACGUACCAGCUGUGAUCACGACAGGGUUUUAUUUUGAACGGUGGCGCGCCCUGGCGACAGGAAUUGCAGUUUGCGGCUCCGGCAUAGGAACCUUUUUAAUGGCGCACGUUGGUACCUACCUUCAGGAGAAUUUCGGUUGGAGAGGCAGCUUCAUAAUUCAAGGAGGUUUCAUUUUGAACUGCGCCGUUUUGGGGGCGCUGUUCCGGCCGCUGAAACCGGUGAAGGUGGUGAUCCCGAGCGACGUGGCCGAGAACUUGGAGGACACGCGGCACGAUGACCUCCACGAACCGGACGGAAAACUGCCCCUCUUGGUCACCUCCGAAACACAGGUGCCCAUCUACGAGAUCUCCUACGAGGAGGCCUCCAUCCACGGCAGCGAAAAAGAGCUAGAGAUCACCGCCACCGAACCACUUGACCCUCAGAACACAUUCCUCAAGUUCCCACGUUCCUCACUGAUACGAUUCCGAUUUCUGGCCCACAAGGUGAACAACAACGCGCUGUACCCGUCGGCGUCGGAGAUCCUCAAAACGGGGACGCUCUGCAAGGCGGCCGUGUCGACGCAGUCGCUCAACUACGCGCACCACGCACACCCCCGCACGAACCUCCUGCGCGUCGAAUCGAAAUCGGAGAAGAGGCUCAGCAUCCCCAUCUACCCGGAGGUAGAUACCAAACCUAACUGCAACGGUGGCUCCCCGGCCCACCUCGCUCCGCCCACCCCCGCCUUCGAGAGCCCCAGGAAGCUCCAACAUCAGGACAGUGAUCGCAUCACCAAUUUCAUCAAAGACGAGUUUCAGAAUCUGGAGAAAAUGAACGGCGGACCGCAACACGCGUUACUGGAUCCGUGCGAUCGGCGAGGAAGUGCUGUUACGGUCCGUAAGAUCGGUUCCGUGGAGACCGUAAACAUGACCAGGAGAGGCCGACGAGGAACGAUCCCUAAGGUUGACGGCGUCGUGAGGCCCAUGUACAGAGAUGACAUAUUCCUACAAGGAAGCCUAAAGAGACUACCUCAAUACGCAUCCCAAGUGAGCUCUUUAAAUUAUCACAUGUCCGUUUCGAGGCUCCCGACGCGACGAGAUGUAGAGGAAGAAGAGAAGGGAUCAUUCCAGCUCUGCCCGGAGGCUGUUAGAAGAACUCUAGCAACUAUGCUCGACAUAUCGCUUCUCUACUCGCCGACCUUCUUGCUUCUGGGUUUCAGUGGCUUCUUUACGAUGAUGGGAUUUUUCGUUCCUUUCAUGUACCUAAAAGAGCGCGCAGAGGAUGCUGGUAUGGACGCCGAGACGGCCGUUUGGCUGAUUCCUGUGAUCGGGAUUACGAACACGGUGGGUCGUAUGGCUUGUGGCCUACUCACGAGUUUACCAGGCGUCAACAGCUUGUUCAUAAACAACGUAGCGCUUACGUUAGGGGGCAUCGCUACCAUUUUUAGUGGCGUUUUCAUGACCCCCUCUUACCAGUUCACAUACGUCUGUAUUUUCGGCUUGGCAAUCGCUUGCUUUGCCUCAUUGAGAUCUGUGAUCAUUGUAGAUCUUUUAGGUUUAGAAAAUCUUACAAAUGCCUUCGGGUUACUCUGCCUUUUCCAAGGAGUGGCCGCUGUUUUUGGAGCUCCCCUAGCAGGUCAAUUCAAAGUCAUGACGAAUAGCUACGACUGCUCGUUCUACUUGUCGGGAGGGCUCCUCACCUUGUCCGCCAUCAUGAGUUAUCCGCUGAAUAGGUUGAACAAAUGGGAGAAAGAACGCAACAGGCUGAAAGAGAACCUCAACUACGAGAUGAAGAGCAUCUGAAACCCGGACCUAGGAAGGGCGAUUCUUGCAAGUCGGCAACGUUGUUCUUCCUCCAUCUAAGUGUAUGUAAAACAAUCGAUUCGGACAGGGGCGUGGCGUGAAUUGCGAUUUAUCGAUUGUUAUGCCAUUUAAAUCUAUG